AUGGGUCAUUGGAGUCAUCUUCUUGUUUUUAUUUUGCUUUCUUUCUCAUUAAGAUGCGAGUCAUCAUGGGGUUGGUUUUCAUCAUCUAAAGAGACUCCGUCUAGUGAUAGAUCAUAUGCCAAUGAGGGUACAUUUAGAGGUUCUAGUGCUGAAUUUUCCAUUGAAGGCUUCAACAACCAAAGGGGAAUGAAGUUAGUAGAGAAUGCAAAAAAGAAAAUGGUUGGCUCAAACACAUGUUGGCAACUUGCUUAUCAACAUCUUUUUGCUGGGUGUUCUGAGAUACUGGCUGCUGAUGAGAAAAGGUCUAGACUUGCUUGGCAUCUAAGUGAUUGCUUUCAGAGGGAUUCUGGAAGGCUUUCCUUUCCCCAUUGUGAUCCCAAAUCUUCAAUGGCUACAUGCCUUAGAACCUUAGAUGACCUUGCCCAUAAGGUUUACCUUGAAUUCUACCUUGAAACCAACUCCAUUUGUUAUCAGCUACAGGCUCAUGCAUUCAAACAUGAAACAGAGAGACUUGUGACUGAACUGAAAAGUUCUGCACAAUAUGCUGAGGACAAGUUAGAUAGCAUUGAAGAGAAAUCAGAACAACUAUUACAUGGCUCAAAACAAAUUCAUGAUUCUCUCAAUUCAAUUGAUAUAUACACACAACAAGUAGCUCAAACUGCUAAAAGUGUGGAAAGUCAUAUAGAUGUUGUAUUAAGGCAUUCAGAGAGUGUUUAUGAGCAAACUACUAAAAUUGCAGCAUCACAAUCACAGCUAAAAGAAGGACAAGAGGAUAUGAAGAGGAAUUUGGAGGAAGGGGUAGCAAUGCUCAAGGACUCUUACAAUAAUUUGGGCAAAGAAAUAGAAAUGUUAAGAGAUGAAGCCAUUGAGAUUGAGAAUGAGGUAAUUAAAGUUGGAGAUGCUAUGUCAUCAAAGAUGAGCGACCUGCAAAUCAAAGCUGAAGAUAUUGGGAAUAUGGCUGGGAUUUCCUUAGGCAAGCAACAACAACUUUUAGAUGGACAAUCCACAGCACUCAAGGGUCUAGAUUCAUUGAAUGAAUUUCAAUCCAAAGCACUGGAGGAGAGCAGGAAAACCCUGCAAUAUUUUGCUGAAUAUGGGCAUAGACAACAUGAAGAGCUUCUUCAGAGACAGGAACAAAUUAAGGGACUUCAUGAUUGUUUAAUGGAAAAUUCAAAAUCAAUAUUGUCUGCCCAGGAAUCUUUUGAAUCAAAGCAAGCUACUAUGUUUAUUGCUUUGGACAAGAUUUUUGCUUUGCAAAAUGCCAUGUUGCUUGAAUCGCGAAUGAUUAAAGCUUUCUUCAUUUAUUCCAUAUCAAUCUUCGUCAUCUUUAUGUUGACCAGUACAAAGCAAACAUACAAUGUCAGGCAUUUGCUAUAUAUUGGGCUUUGUGCUACUUUCUUCAUGGAAGUAUUCAUUAUUCGUUUAACUAGUGAUAACAUUGAGCAACAAACCUGGAUUAUAAACUUGCUCCGAUUAUUUUUCAUGGUAGCUGCUUCAGUUCAACUUGUAUAUGCCAUUUGCACAUACAGGAACUAUGAGUUGUUGAACCAUCACAUGCUGCUAACUUUAAUUAACAAGGUCAACAGCAUGCAGAAACAAAAGGAGUUGUCGUGGGACAUGGACACAGAUUAUGAUGUGGAUUGGUCUCAAUGGGUAGAUACCGAUUUACCUGAUGAUGUGAAUUGCCUUGAUGAUCCUGACUUUAUACUUCCAGAAAAAGAGGGACAGAAUUCAAUCACAGCCUCUGCAAAUACAAAAUGUUAUAAUCUACGGUCGCGCAAUCGUUUUCAUUGAUUGUUACCACCAGGCACUACUGGUUCAGUAAUCAGAGUUUUGAAGUCAUCUUUGCACAUUACUGUGUUCCAUUAAUUUGUUUCAUGAUUCUGGACAAUAUACGUAACUUGUAAUUUCACAUAUGAAGGUUUGUAUAUAUACAUU